UCAAACAAUGGUCAAAAACACCAGAACAGUUUACCUUUUUCUGGUUUUUAUUUAUCUAUGUACCAAGUACGGGUAUUUAAAAAAACCUAGCGAAGAAAGCGCAGACUUUGUCUGUGAUUUCAAUAACAACACUUUAAAACUAGUCAUAAAAAAUGGUUUCAAAGACGAACAGGUUAUAAAAUGCUUAGAGGCUUAUAACACUUCAGAAACAUUAAUCUUUAGCAACAGUAGAUUGAAGAGAAUUCCAGAAUAUCUAGAUAUACUAAAAAGGCUUGUGAAUUUAGACUUAUCACAGAAUGAAAUAACCGCAGUUUCAUUUGAUACAUCGCAACAGAUGUGUCACAAUUUGAGACAGCUUGUUCUGGAUGACAACGAUAUUUAUGUAUUACGAGCAGGAAAUCUCGAUUGUUUAGAAUCUCUAGAGAAACUUUAUCUUGCUAACAACAACUUAUCUCUCAUUGAGAACGGGACGUUUAGUGUCAAAUUAAAAGCGUUAGAUUAUGUACAUCUUGUUAAUAACAGUCUGACAAUUGUUGACUCCAGUUUAAUUAGUAAGGUUUUAUUGUCUAGUAAGACAUAUAUUAGAUUAAACGCUUCACGAAAUAGAAUAACUGGGUUUACAAACUCAGUUAAUAUCACCAUAAACGACAUUGAUAAAUCAACUGUAAUUGAUAUCGUUCUGACUCAUAAUAAUAUCACAACCGUGGACACGAAUUAUUACUUUAAAAUGUUUUCGGUAACACAUCCAUUUCCACAGCUGCUUAACUUGUGGAACAGUGCAUUCGAUGCACGUUUUAACCCUUUUAUAUGUGAUUGUGCUCUCCUGCCUCUAGCCUUAGCGCUUAGAAAAUUUUAUACAAUGGAUCCAGAUAAUCCAGUCUUUUCCAUAACGUGUGGAAUCCCUAAAAGUUUGGAGGGGAUGUUGGUUCGCAAGGUACAAGCUGACCAAUUUAACUGCUCAGUUACUCAAGAUUGUCCAGAUUGCUGCACUUGCAUAAAAACUAUUGCUAUCGGCCUCAUCACCGAUUGCAGUAAUACAUACCAUGCAGACGACAUACCUAUGACAUGUCCGGUAGCAGAUAGGAUAAACAUUAAUAUUAAAUCCAAUGACAUGAUUCAGCUCUCUUCAAGAGCAUAUCUUCACAAUGUGACUGUAUUUGAUGUCUCGCAAUGUGCAAUUGCUGAUAUAGACCCAUCCAUCGUCAAAACACUAGAAGGCGGAAUUAACAGAUCAAUAUUUUUACAUAAUAAUAAUUUUGAAAAUAUUCCAAGAACAUUUGAAACGUUUGCAUUUGCUAAAGGACAAGUUUUAACCAUCGAUGGAAAUCCAUUCACAUGUGACUGUCAUACACUAUGGAUGAAAAAAUGGCUUCUGUCAAAUAAAGAGCACGUUUACAACCAGUAUAAAAUUAUAUGCGCAACUGGACCUGGUAAAGGUAGAGCAAUGAUUGAAGUUCCAGACAAUAACUUUGUGUGCCAAAGAAGUCUAACUUUCGUUGACAUAUUAUUCAUAACUGUUGGAUCGCUAAUUGGUAUUAUUUUACUGUUCUCAUUUGCAGCCUGCAAAAUAAAUAGCAUUCAAGUUUUUAUGAUAUCAAAUUUUAAUGUAUGGAAAACCACGUGUCGGAAGAAGAUACCCCGGAGUUUGAGUUACGAUACUUUAUAGGGCAUUCAUCCUCAUCCGAAGACAAUGAAAAAGUCGAAGAAAUUGAUAAUUAUCUGAAAGGUCAGGAUCCGAAAUAUAAUGUGUACAGGCAGGAAGAACAUCCUCCAGGUGAAUUAUUAUCUAGUAUUAAUGAUGUGAUUGAAUCUAGUCAUAUAAUUAUAUUCGCCAUCUCAAAUGAAUUUUUGAGAAACUCUUUGAAUAUUAGUGAAUUCCGAGGGGCCGACAUGAAAUUCCGUGAAAGACAAAUACAUACAAUGGUGUUAAUUAUAUUAGAGGAUCUAGACAAUAAUAUUGUUACCUCGGAAUUGAUACCUUACUUGGAAGCGCGUGUAUGUAUAAAAUAUAGUGACAAACAUUUUUGGGCAAAACUUUUAAAGCGUCUUCCUAUCAUGAUUUCACCCGAUAAUGAUAAUGGAGAAGGAACGCCGCUUCUGCUACCAGAGUAGUUUUUGAAAUGGAACUGUAGUUUGUUUGUGCACAAGCUAAUACUUAACGCAAAAUAUAGAAGUUAUACAAUGCUCAUCUUUCACUAAAAUAGUUGGUUUUAGAAACUAUACUGAACAGCAAAAGAAACUAUCCAGAUGUAUAACUGGUAUAUUUUGAAAUAAAAAUUAAUUUUUCAAAUUUGAAUUGUUUCUUCAUACCAAAAUUACACUUGAAGAUCUUCACGUGAUAAAUGUUUGAAAACCAAUCAACCGUGAAGUCAGUAGUCCCACAACAGCCGUUUGAAAGCCUAUAUCUUCUGCGCGUCAGUUGCAUUGUAACAUCCCAAUUGGGCGCUCGCGCUAAAUUUGAUUCAGUUGUGCGGUGCGACCAACAAUAUUUUUUAAACUUUAUGCUGUUUUUCGUGUUAGUCAAUUAUCAAUAUUUCCAAAGACAAUAGAAUUUCACAAAGAAACUUUCGUGCCAAACGGCUUUUGUGCGACUACUGACUACGUUUUUUUAAAUUUUACACGUCAAGUUCUUCAAGUGUAAAGUGAUAUGAAAAAACACAAGUGAUUUAUAAGUUUUUAAUAAAAAAUACCCCUGUUAUAAAACUGGAUAGUUUCUUUUGCUGUUCAGUAUAGCUUAAAAUGCAAUAAUUUCCUCAUAAAAUAGAUUUUUCUUCACUCGUCAAUAUAUAAAAACAAAAUGAAUAUGUUUGUGUUUAUAUACAAUACUGUUUGCAAGGUUUAAAAUAGUACACGGCUAACUCAAGGCUUUUUAUUUUAUUUGUUUUUUUAUUCAAAUUACCGUUAUUAUACUACAAGCAUAAUUAGUUGGUACUAUGAAAUAAUUGCUCAUAUUUUCAAAUAUGAAUUUGGGUAUAAUAUGUCUUUAAUGCGAAUUAUCAGGAACUGAUUUAAACAAACAGUAAAUGAAUAAUGAAAUGAGUUGGUGAUAUCCAAACCAAUAUUUCAAACGCACCUGCAGACGAAGCGGGGCGAGGAGUAAUUUAAGUUUCAUUGUCUUGUAAAAGAGGUUAUAGCAUGAGGUUUGGUGCCAACAAACUAGUUGAAACUCCCCGAGUGGUGUCUUUUAGCUCAGCCACUGAGUUUAUACAGUUUAUACAGAUACACAUAUUCCCAUAUGUCCUUGUGGAGUCCUGUAUGGGUGGAUGUGCCUCUAUUUAGAAAGAGCUAAAUGAAACAUUAACUCUGGAGAAAAAAAUAAGGUUAUAAACUUAAUUUAUGGCAAUUUAAAUGUUAUUAAUGUAACAGUUUAUAUGAACAGCAAUCAUUUUCGAGCACAUUGGCGUCAUCGUUCUUUACGUAGAUAGGAAUUACCUAUCGUAGCAAAGGCAUAUUUUAUGGAAUUAAAUGUGGGUACAUACAUAAACAUUCAAAGUAAGAUUCAUAUUAUAUUUUGGUCAUAUUUUGAUUUUUUGUUGUUUUUCAUUGAUUAUCAUAUUAUAGUUAUGCCCAUAGAUGUGAAAACCAAUGACGUCACUGUGACCAAAAUGACUGUCGUUAUAUUACAUGGAAUGAAAUGGCUAUAUUUGUUUAGUUUGAUUUUCUAUAUUGCUGUGACCAUUUUUAUACCCCCGUUUCGCCUGUCUGCCCUACCACCAGUAUUUUUAGAUAUUUGGACACUAAGUCAUAAAUCAUACUUGCUACAGCUUUCAAAUUUUACAGGAUGACUAAAUACCAUGUGCGGAUCCCUAUUGCUUUUUGGUCCAGUAGGUCGCAAUAAAUGCAGACUGACAACGGUUUUCUGAUUCAGCUACGGCUUUCAAGCUUAACAUAAUAUUUAAGUACCAUUGGAGAAAGAUUCUUAUUGAUAAAAUGACUGAAUAUCUGUUUAGCAACAGCAAUAUCAUGUGCCUUGUAACAGCUGUAUAAAGUUGACCAGUACUUUAUCA